GAAGUUGAAGAACUUGAUUGUCGUACGUUGUGAUCGAUCCAAAAAUUCAAAUGAAACUCUCCUCUGAUAUAUAAAUAAAUAAAUAUAUAUAUAUAUAUACACACACACACACACACACAGUUGCCACAACCUUCCAACUUUCUAUAUAAUUUGGUUUUGGACACUCAUAUGUUCUUACUCUCAGAAUCCUAAGGCUAAACUGCAAGAGGGGAGAGAGAGAGAGAGAGAGAGAGAGAGAGAGAGAGAGAGAGAAGCUGUAAGCUGGAGAAGCAUGGCUUGGGAACACAUACUCGGUUUUCGGAGUGCCAUUAUAAAUUUUAGGCUUCUUCAAUUUCGGACAGAAUGGCUCCAGCAAAACUUGUCCUGCCUAUCCGAGCACAUUAGCAUCGGUAUGCAACUUGGUUUCCUUGGCAUCUUGGCACUACAUUUUGUACGUAAAAUCUGCAAACAAAGAUCAAAGUUCCCAGACAAAGGCACAGAGAAGUAUGGCAGCAUUGGCAUACGAUUCAGCACCACCUACAAAACCAGCAUGGCUUGUUCCCUUCUUCUGAUGUGCACUCAUUUCGUAGUUUUUGUGCUGUUGCUAAAUGGAAGGGUGACAUACUGCAACUAUAAGUUUCGUCCUGUUUCUUCGGAGAGCAUGCAGGUGGUAUCGUGGGCAAUUUCAUCAGUUGCAUUAUACCAGAUUGCGAAUAGUAAGUCGAUCAAGUUCCCUUGGCUAUUAAGAGCGUGGUGGCUUUGCAGCUUCUUCUCGUCUAUUAUCUCCGUGGCUGUUGAUACUCAUUUCCGACUCACCUACCAUGGCGAGCUUAGGUUACAAGAUUAUGCUGGCUUCCUAAGUCUCCUUGCAUCCACCUGCCUAUGUGGUAUUUCAAUACGAGGGAAGACAGGACUAACAUUCGCCAUCCCAAAUGGCGUUACCGAACCACUUCUCAACGGAAAAGCUCACAAACAUUCUGAAGGAAAGAGAGAAUCUCUAUAUGGAAAAGCCACUCUUCUCCAACUCAUAACGUUCUCUUGGCUCAAUCCCUUGUUUGUCAUUGGAUACAAGAAACCCCUUGAACCGGAUGAAGUCCCAAAUGUUGAUAUCAAAGACUCUGCUGAAUUUCUGUCACGCUCUUUUGACGAGAAACUAAAAUUUAUCAAGGAGAGAGAUGGAACCACAGACCCAACAAUCUACAAGACAAUCUAUUUAUUCAUCAGGAAGAAAGCAGCAAUUAACGCAAUGUUCGCUGUAAUAAGUGCAGGAGCAUCAUAUGUUGGUCCAUACCUCAUUGAUGACUUCGUAACCUUUCUGAGUCAGAAGAGCACACGAAGCUUGCAGAGCGGUUACAUUCUUGCACUUGCCUUUCUAGGAGCUAAGAUGGUUGAGACGACAGCACAGAGGCAAUGGAUUUUUGGGGCUCGACAGCUAGGCCUUUGGCUUAGAGCUGCACUUAUAUCUCAAAUUUACAAAAAGGGCUUACUUCUGUCAAGCAAAUCCCGCCAAAGCCACACUAGCGGCGAAGUCAUCAAUUACAUGAGUGUAGAUAUCCAAAGAAUCACAGACUUCAUCUGGUACUUAAACAUAAUAUGGAUGAUGCCUAUUCAAAUCUCAUUAGCAAUCUACAUUCUUCAUACGAAUCUUGGCAUGGGUUCUUUUGCUGCAUUGGCAGCAACUUUGGGGGUUCUUCUUAUCAACAUACCGAUGACUACAAUGCAGAAAAGAUACCAGACUAGGAUCAUGGAAGCAAAGGACAACAGGAUGAAAGCCACAUCAGAAGUUCUUCGAAGCAUGAAGACGAUUAAACUUCAGGCAUGGGAUAGUCAGUUCCUACACAAGUUAGAAAGCUUGAGGAAGAUAGAGUACAAUUGGCUGUGGAAGUCACUGAGACUGUCAGCAAUUGGGGCUUUUGUCUUCUGGGGAUCACCCACAUUUAUCUCUGUGGUGACUUUCGUGGCGUGCACGUUUAUGGGAAUAGAACUCACAGCGGGGAGAGUUUUAUCAGCAUUGGCCACCUUCAGAAUGUUACAAGACCCUAUAUUUAAUCUGCCUGACUUACUCUCCGUGAUUGCACAGGGAAAGGUUUCGGCAGAUAGAGUAGCUUCCUAUCUCCAGGAAGAUGAAAUUCAGCAGGAUGCCAUUGAACAUGUUCCGAAAGAUCAGAUGGAGUUUGCAAUUGUUAUAGAGAAUGGAAAGUUUGGCUGGGAUACUGAUUCAAGCAGAACAACUCUUGAUGCAAUAAACUUAAAAGUGAAGAGGGGUAUGAAAGUAGCAAUUUGUGGGACUGUCGGAUCAGGGAAAUCCAGCCUGCUGUCGUGCAUUCUUGGAGAAAUACAGAAAGUUUCUGGCUCAGUGAAAAUCAGCGGUACAAAGGCUUAUGUUCCUCAAUCUCCAUGGAUACUUACAGGAAAUAUCAGGGACAAUAUUCUAUUUGGAAAUGCAUACAACAAGGCCAAGUAUGACAGAACUGUUAAAGCAUGUGCUUUGGAGAAGGACUUUGAGCUAUUCUCUGCAGGGGAUCUAACAGAAAUUGGAGAGAGAGGCAUAAAUAUGAGUGGAGGACAGAAGCAAAGGAUACAGAUUGCUCGUGCGGUUUACCAGGAUGCUGAUAUAUAUUUACUUGACGACCCUUUUAGCGCCGUUGAUGCUCACACAGGCACCCAACUCUUUGAGGACUGCAUGAUGGGAAUUCUCAGGGAAAAGACUAUACUUUAUGUCACCCACCAAGUUGAGUUUCUUCCAGCAGCAGACUUCAUUCUGGUAAUGCAAGAUGGAAAAAUCGCACAAGCUGGAGGAUUCGAAGAGCUUCUGGCACAAAACAUAGGAUUUGAGCUUUUAGUUGGUGCUCAUAGCCGAGCUCUAGAGUCAAUCAUCACAGUUGAAAAUACUAGUAGAGCUUCUCAAGAUCCAACACCUGACAGUGAAUCGAACACAGACUCCACUUCAAUUGCAGAACUUCAACAGACGCGACAGGAAUCAGAGCACAGUCUCUCUCUAGAGAUUACAGAAAAAGAAGGAAAGUUGGUACAAGAUGAAGAGAGAGAGAAAGGGAGCAUAGGUAAAGAAGUUUACUGGUCUUAUUUGACCAUCGUGAAAGGUGGGGUGCUAGUACCAAUUAUAAUCUUGGCACAGUCAUCAUUCCAAGCGCUACAGGUAGGUAGUAACUACUGGAUGGCAUGGGCUUCACCUCCUACCAGCGAGACCGAACCUCACAUGGACAUGAGUUUCGUAUUACUUAUUUAUAUACUACUUGCCGUUGGAAGUUCACUUUGCGUGCUAUUACGAUCCUCCCUAGUUGUAAUAGCAGGACUUUCAACAGCACAGAAGCUCUUCACAACGAUGCUACAUAGUGUGCUCCGAGCACCAAUGUCCUUUUUUGAUUCAACUCCAACUGGAAGAAUCUUAAACCGGGCAUCUACUGAUCAAAGCGUGCUCGAUCUGGAAAUUGCUAACAAAUUAGGUUGGUGUGCUUUCUCAAUAAUACAGCUUUUAGGGACCAUUGCAGUGAUGUCGCAGGUAGCAUGGGAAGUCUUCGUCAUCUUCAUUCCAGUAACUGCAAUCUGCAUAUGGUAUCAGCGAUACUACAUACCAACAGCAAGAGAACUGGCACGUUUAUCAGGCAUAGAAAGAGCUCCGAUCCUCCACCACUUUGCAGAAUCACUAGCAGGAGCUGCGACAAUCCGUGCUUUUGAUCAACAAGAACGAUUCAGUGAUUCAAAUCUCAGUCUUAUUGACAACCAUUCCAGGCCAUGGUUUCAUAAUGUGUCAGCAAUGGAAUGGCUUUCUUUCAGACUAAAUCUGCUCUCCAACUUUGUUUUCGCCUUCUCAUUGAUUCUGUUGGUUACCCUCCCAGAAGGAGUUAUAAAUCCUAGCAUUGCAGGGUUGGCGGUAACAUAUGGAAUAAAUCUGAAUGUUUUGCAAGCUUCUGUUAUAUGGAACAUAUGCAACGCAGAAAAUAAGAUGAUCUCAGUCGAGAGAAUUCUGCAGUACUCAAAACUAAAAAGUGAAGCACCUAUGGUAAUCGAAGAGUGCAGGCCACCAGUCAACUGGCCACAAGUUGGAACAAUCUGUUUCAAAAAUCUGCAGAUUCGCUAUGCUGAGCAUCUCCCAUCUGUUCUGAAAAACAUCAACUGCACAUUCCCCGGACAGAACAAAGUUGGUGUUGUAGGAAGGACCGGAAGUGGGAAAACAACCCUCAUACAAGCCAUUUUCAGGGUAGUUGAACCUAGAGAAGGAAGCAUUAUAAUUGAUGAUGUCGACAUCUGCAAAAUUGGCCUUCAUGACCUAAGAUCAAGGCUUAGCAUCAUUCCCCAAGACCCAACAAUGUUUGAAGGAACAGUUAGAGGGAACCUCGAUCCACUAGAGCAAUAUUCCGACAGUGAUGUUUGGGAGGCUCUAGAGAAAUGUCAGUUAGGUCAUCUGGUGCGUGCGAAGGAAGAGAAGUUGGAUGCCUCAGUGGUCGAAAAUGGCGAAAACUGGAGCGUGGGGCAAAGGCAGUUAGUUUGUCUUGGAAGAGCCUUGCUGAAGAAAAGCAGAAUUCUGGUAUUGGAUGAAGCAACGGCAUCAGUUGAUUCUGCAACUGAUGGAGUGAUACAGAAGGUCAUCAGCCAAGAAUUCAAAGAUCGAACGGUUGUCACAAUUGCUCACAGAAUCCACACAGUAAUAGAUAGUGAUCUGGUUUUGGUCCUCAGUGAUGGACGGGUUGCAGAGUACGACACGCCAGCCAAGCUACUAGAGAGAGAAGAGUCCUUAUUUUCUAAACUCAUAAACGAGUACUCAAAGCGAUCCCAGAACUUCAACAACCUAGCAAAUCUUUAAAUAAACCCAACUUCUGAAGUAUCAUAGAACAAUCAAGUAGUUUAUUUUAUUUUGUAGCUCGAAUGAAAAAAUAAAAAUUAGUAGCUUAUUUUAUUCUAUAUAACUGCAGAAUUCAUGAGAA